AUGCUCCUACCAGAUCUCCCGUAUGACAUACUUGAGCUCGUCUUUCAUCAACUAGAUGCCCGCUCUGCUACAGUAUGCGGCGAGCUCUGCCGGAAGUUUCGCGCAUUCAUCACGACGUCUCUACCAGUCCAGUACAAGAUUGCUUUGGCCCGUCGAGGAAUGAGUGCGGGACGGAAUGAAUCAAUCGACCUGGCAGAACGCCUAGCCAAAGUAGAGCAGUAUGAACGUGCGUGGCGCGAGGCAUCUUGGGAGGAGUCCUUUGCGCUUAGCCUGUUACCACCCCGGGACAACUGCAAGAUACUUCGUUCCCAGGGAUACAUGCUCCUAUGGACCGCGCGUACGAGCACAGUUCGUCUUAUCCGCCUGCCUUCGCCUUUGUGCGGCAUCACAUCUGAAGAGCACGUCUGGUGUCUCCCUUCAAACGUAUCACGCCACCGCGACGACGAAGGCAAUCCAACUAAUCUGUACCCGCUCAUGGACGUGGACAGCGACUUGAUCAUAUUUGUGGAUGCCAGCGGAGGCCCAGAAGCGGAAGUGCAGCUACUAUAUCCGCGUUCUCUUUUGACGGGAGAUAUUCACCCAUGGUGUGCCGGAGCAGUUGAAUUCUCCCUGAAAAUACCCUCCACUUUUGGACAUCUUGGCGCCGUGGACCUGCACAACAGAUACAUUUCACUAGGCGCGGUAGAUGAAUCAGGACCUUUCAUGGUCUACGAUUGGCUCAAGCGAAAGAAGGUCAUACAGUUUGAUAAUCCUGUCAAAACCAGUUUCUUGGGUUUCUUCGACGGCAUGCGAUUCCUUACCUUCGCCACGGAUGAAUCCGGUCGUUGCUGUGCGCUCGAGGUGUAUGAUCUUGGCCUGCUAUCUGAAGAACCUCCUACCUCCGACGCCGCGCCUCGAGUUCCUAUAACUCACAGAUUUGAGCUCCCCUUUCAUCAAGUCGGGACGACACUCGCUAGGUACGACGAAGAGACUUGGGCUUUACUCCCGAACUCCGCCAAUCGCUCAGAUUGCGCCUCGUACUUUCGCGAGGAUGAAUUGAUCACAAUAUAUUUCCCAUUCAUGCAAGGCCGUGCGGCACUUAUGAACUACACGAUCACGAUGACCUUCGAUCUUUCCGCACUGAUAUCAUCCCUGCAUAUCAGCUCCAGCGAUCAUCCUGGCACUCGCAACGGAAUGCACGUGAUCCCAUGGAACAACUGGCACGGCAGGGUCCGCAUCGGCGUCCUACCAUCUCCCUUCUCCACCGACAUCGCUAUCACAGGCUGGCGAGUGAUACCUGACCUCCCUUCAUUGAAUGACGGGCACGUAGAAGUGAGAGUACACGAUUCGCAUCCGCUCAGGACCCGUCGAGCCGGCGACAGUUCUGCUACUCCCUCGUGCGAAGUCGUGAGGUGUAAGUGCGAGCUCACCGGGCUCAAUUCGCGCAAACUUUGGGACCCGCCGCUCAACCAUACUCUCCUCGCAACUGACUACGUCGUGCACACGAUCAAAUUACCAUCCUCCUCCGCCGGGUCCAGCAUAGGGAACAAAACUCACAGGGCGUUCUUCUCGCGAGACGCCAUUAUAAUCAUGGAGUAUAGACUUCCAGAUAUAUCAGGACGUUGGGUUGAAGGGUUCGGGCUCACGUCGAUCACGGCGUAUCAACUCGUGUAG